AAAUAGAGGUAGGAUACAAAAUUGAGGCACCAACAAAAAAUAAAUUUUUUUCCAAAGAGAGUCCCUCUCCCCCAAAAACUCUCCCAAUUAAUUUUUAGCUCCUCGAUAGUAAUCAUGGGAGCGUGCGCCACCAAGCCAAAGGUCACCAAAGACGACCAGCUCCUCCCGGCGCCGGCGCCUGAAGAACCCACGAAACCGGCGGCGGAUCCUUGCCAGGUGGAGGAGCCCAAGAAGCUAGAGGAGCCAGCCUCCGCCGCGGUGGAGGAGAAGGAAGUCAUGGUCGUCGCAGAGAAGAAAGACGUCGUGGAGAUAAAAACAGAGGAGGCGGCGGCUAAAACAGAGGAUGGAGAGGAGAAUAUUACCGUGGACGAUGAGAGCGCCAGGAGACCAUCUCUUGGCCACCUUCUUAAAGAGAACACAGAAGGAAAAGAGACUGUUGUAGAAGAAAGCAACGAAAAACCUCCAGUAUCAGCAGAAGCAAAAGUAGAGGAGGCAGUGGUACUUGAAAAAGUGACACAGCCACCGCCAGCAGCAGAAGCAGCGGCUGAAGAUUGCAAAGAGGCAGAGACCAAGACAGAGGCAGCUCCAGAAGUAAAAGCUGAUGAAGAAGUAAAAGAAGAAGUAGAAGAAGAAGAGAAGAAAUCAGUAGUGACUGUGGUUGAGUCUACAAUUAAACCAGAGCCAUCUGCUGCUACUGAAGAGCCAUCUCCAGCUUGUGCUGAAGAAGAGAAGGCAGAGGAGAAAGCAGAGGAAGAGAAGGCAGUUGUUGUUGCUGAGAAGGUAGAAGUUCCUGUCGUGGAAGCUAAGAAGGAGGCAGAGGAGGAUGCAGAGCCCGUUGAAGUAGUUAAGGAAGCUGUUGUAAAUUAAAAUGAUGGUUAUUAUUAUACAAGCCGUGGUAUGAUAUUUUGGAUUUUGGAACAGUUUCUUUUCUUUCUCUUGUGGAUAAGUUUUUGGGGGGUUCUUGGGAUAUUUGGUUGUGUUCUUUUGAUUGAAUUGGUUGAUGAAGAUGCCACAUUUUGAUUGAGGGUAAAGGAGGAGUUUGAUUGUGUGUCUGUUAUGUGGGAAGGAAGUUGUACUCUUGUACAAAUAUUUAUGUGUCAUGUCUUCUAUUCUAUCCAAUUUUUAUGUGUUGAUAUUGGAUUUUUUAUGAGGACCACUUGGUUACAUGACAUGUGUAGACCAAAUCUUAUUGUAAUUGUCGUUACAAAGUGUGAACGACGGGA